AUAUACACUGGGCUAGGUUAAUCCACCCGAACAAUGUCACUGUCGGUCAUGUUUAUAUACACAGACACUACAUUUUGACUGAAGUAGACAAUUUUAUUUAACUAUGUCUUAGUUUGUAUUUUUACCUGAAAUCGAUAAUCGUUGUGAAAUAUGUGGUUUUAUUUUCUAUGUUAUGUUGUGUUGUUGGCAGAUAUUCGGACUUUACACGGCUUGGAUAUCUUCAACUUCCAUGACUACUGCGGAGCCACCAUUUACGAAAAUGUUGGAGAACUGCGGUUUAAUGCGCAACAACUCCCUUCCUAUCUGCCCGGAAAUAAAUGCAGUGUCACAGUGAGUCUAGAAAGCGAUACAUUUAACGCAAAACCACAAGCCUUCUUCUAUUUCACGAAAUUUGACAUAUCAAUAUUUUGUGAAGAUACUAAUGUUACUGUCAUUGAUGGAACAUCAUAUAGAGGGACACAGAUAGAAGGCUUGCCAGCAUAUUUAUGUGGUCACAAUAAAACAUUGGAAGAGGAUGGCCAGUACUUCCAAACUGAAAGUCACCAACUGACAGUCACGUUUAGACGAAGUGCUUAUGGAAAAAGAUUUUCAGGAAAUUUCAGCAUUAAAUUUUUAGACUUUUACUACGGUAAUUGCGAAGGUGACAAGGUUUAUGAAUGCCCAAGUGGCCGAUGUAUUCAAAGUGUAUACCAUUGCUCUGACGACAUCAAAGCUUGUGGUGACGACUCGUGCCAGACUGAUACUAGUAUUGACGUGGCCGAAACCUUUCUAGAUAGCAUUGUUAAUAUACUCAAGAACAUUGGAUGGAUUGUCCUCGCCGUUGUUGCUUUCUAUUUGUUCAGAAUCGUAUUCUUGUCAAAUAGAGAAAAGAUACGAAAUUUCUUCAAAGGCAAGUCACAAACGAGUCGGCGCGAAUCGAUAGGAAUGCAUUCGGUUCAGUUAAACGGGACACCAACAGAUGACAUUCUUUUAUCCACUGAAGAGGUUCAGCCAAGACGAAAUUCCACAAAUUCGAGUUCAAGAAUUUCUAGUGCCAGAAGUUCAAUCUCUGAGCCAGGGCCAGAAGAUUCCAAUAUUGACCGUAACGGCAUUGCAUCGGAUGACGUCAACAUGACGUUAUCUGAUAGUUAUCCAGGGCAAGCUACACCGUCAGCGCCUCCACCAAGCUAUGAAGAUGCCAUGGCACCGUCAUAUGAUCACGUGAUGGCAAAUGAACAUAUUUAUAAACACUGAAUUACAUGCUGUCCGUGCAACACAGGUGUUUCAAGAAAACUUCCAGAUAUCUUUGAAUCUGACCCGUAUUCUUUGAAUAUCUAAGUAAGGAAGUUAAUAUUCAAUUUGUAGACUAUACUGCAACUAAGCGAACAUUUUAGUAAAGCAUUUAACUUAUUUAUGUAGGUAUAACGUAUGUUUAAACAUGUCUGCAGUAUCCAACGGGAUCGGUUGCUUCCCAUGGGACCGAAGGUGUGACAAUGCCAAAUUAUUCCUAUUUAGAACAGUGAAUUCCUAUUCUAGUGUAAAACUUGAACAAAUUUAAAAGUUUAAACAACAUAGGUCAUAACGAUACGCUGGUCAUUCCCUUGUUAUGUUCUGUUAUAAAUAGCACUGAAUUCCAAAAUUUUCUAAACGUUUUUAUAGUCGGUUAGAUAUUUCAUUUGGCAACGAUCUGGUAAUACAUUUUGUAUUGGUUUAGAGAUUUUCUCUGGCGCCCGUACUGAUAACAAAAUGGGAUUUUAUGGGGGUAAAAGUUGUUUUUGGCGUAAAAAAUUGUGUUUGUCAUGUUUGUUAAAAGCAAAGUCAAUGAAAAUUUCAGGUCAGCUCGACACUGCGCGAAAACAUUCAUUACUUCGGUAAAUAUCAUUGUAUUCUCUAAUUUUAUAGUAACUUCUCUUUAAAACCAUUCUAAUCCCGUGUGACAUAUAUAUUAUACAAUUAUGUUAUUACACUAUUAAUAGGUGUACAUUAUUGGAACAUAGUCGAGAAAUCUAUUUUCAAUCAAACAAAUGCGAAGCAAUGACGUAGCUAACUUUGCGCAGUAGCUGCAAACACCCAGUCAGGAGUACUUUUUGAUACAAAAUGGUGGACUAUAACAGUCGUGAAAUUUUAUUUUAGAAUGUGAAAGUUUGUAUAAAGGUAACAAAGAACAGAAUACGUCUGUCAAAAUACAGUUUUGACAGUUAAAGUGAUACUGUGAUAAAAUUGCAUUUUAAAAAAAUAUAUACAUUGUAUUUGGAAAACUU